AUGUUCGCACGGCUCGAGGAGUUCGAUGUGCUCACGCCGCUUCAGUCCACUCCCGCCGUCAGCAUCGCUUCUGGAGCUUAUGUGAAGGUGAGAAGGGGAAUGGACGGGAAAGCAGAAGCAAGAUAUUUUGCAGAAUUACGGUAGCUCCAGUCCGUCGACGUCUUCUUCUUCCGAUUCUAGGAUCCAAUUGAUUCCACCCGUGCUAACCUCCUCCUCUUCCGAUUCUCCCCCUCCGCCCAGAAGACCAAACCACGGGAAGACGCUGAUUGUGCCACUGAACGCCUCCAGAUGUGAGUACCAGCAGUCCUACAUAAACUGAAGCUCUUUCAGAUCGAUCCCCGCUGACAAUGAACCUGGUGGGCACUCCGGACAGUCGGCUGACCUCUUUCGAAUGCGGAACAACGAAGAGCUGUGCCACGAUCCCGGAAGACGACGAGGACGAGAUGGACGAACUGUUAUCGAUCGACAGAACUUCGCUGUCGGUGUACGAACCGGCUUCCGGAAGGUUCGGCUACUCGGCCUACAACCUAUGCUUGCCGCAGCCGAUGCCAGAGUUCCAGGUGAGUCAGUCAUAGGGAGAAGAGUUGGAUGAAGCAAUGAACUGAUUCAAACCGGUGCCACCAUUUCAGUCUUCCUCUUCUGGCUUCUCGCCGAUGGUAAGAGCCCAAGCUUCCACUUCUAAUCUUAACGCUUUCGGCAAAGUGUACAUAUCCUUCGUUUUUGUGGCAUUGUCCUCACGUGGCCAUUUGAUUUAUUUGCUCAUUCAUAAGACGAUCCGUUCCGAUCCGAUUAUCGCAUGGUUUCAGUUGCCCGCGCCCACGUAUUCCCCACCAUCCCUUCCGUCAGAAUCGCCCGCUUCCAAACCGAUGAAAGUUCCCGAAGCAUUGGAUAACAAAGAGGAGGAGAUGGAUCCAGACCCCGUUUCUGUCUAUGAGUGAGUCCAGCUAUUGUAGAUCUGUGAAAAUGAAAAAGUUUGUCGUCAGAUUCUCAAGAAUAUCCGAUCCGAACUCGCCGCAUUCCUCGUCCAACUCCAUCAGCGACAGCUUCUACCUCAACAACUUCGACGUCAUUUCCUCGGCUGCCAGUUAGUUCGCACUCUCCUUCUCAUCAGACACCAUCGCACGCUACAGAUUCGCAAAUCUUCGAAGCGAGUUUGUGUGGCGAAUCGGAUGUGGCGUCCAAGUUCCAACUGCAUCGAAUCGAAGAGGAAUCUGAGAAUGGAGACGAAAUGAGUGGAGCAGGAGGGGCCGGAGGUCAUGAGCCGCAAAUCAGCAGCAUGACGAGCAGCACUUCGCAAUUCUUUCCACGGAGUAUCUCACAACAGUUUGACAUGAUGAGACUGCAAUAAAACGCGUUUCCCCUCUACCUUCUGCCACAGAUUUCUUCCCGAAAACCAACUUGUCUUCAUCUCUCUCUCUCUCUCUCUUUUACUAAAAUACUUCAAAAUCCUCGCUCCCACAGUUUACCCCGAUCCGGUGUAUCUCUCUGCUGCCACGCGUCUCUCACUCGCGCGCGCUCUUUCCAGUAUAUCCAAACAUCGGCCCGCCGACGCAAUGUGUGCUCUCUUUUGGUCCUUGGCGCGGAGGAGCCGAAGCAACUCCUCCCGGCGCACUCGAGUCUGUGGAUCUCCCCUUUGCUCUUUUCACAUUUCUUGUCUUCUCGACUCGAUCAUCAGCCAUCAUGGUAAGCUUAUCACUGUUUCUCUCAAAUCUGAAACUGAUUUCCCACAGGGAGACGCUGUCGCCGAUGCUUUGGAGAAGCUGUCUGCCGAUCAGAUCGAGCAGUUCCGCAAGUACUUCAACAUGUUCGAUAAGGAAGGAAAGGGAUACAUUCGUGCCACGCAGGUCGGCCAAAUCCUUCGUACCAUGGGCAGGCGUUUGAGGAUCGUGACUUGAAGCAGCUCAUCAAGGAGUUCGACGCUGACGGUAAGUACUCGAAGACGCUCGCCGACCACAGAAAUUUUGAUCUUUCUUUUGACAGGUUCCGGAGAGAUCGAGUUCGAGGAAUUCGCCGCCAUGGUCGCCAACUUCGUUGUCAACAACGAGAACGACGAGGGACUCGAGGAGGAGCUCCGUGAAGCUUUCCGUCUUUACGACAAGGAGGUGAGUGGACUGUUAUUCUGGGAAAUACUUUGCCGAGUAAGUCAACAUCAUGUGUAUUUUUGCAGGGAAACGGAUACAUCAACGUGUCCGAUUUGCGUGACAUUCUCCGUGCUCUCGACGACAACGUCUCCGAGGAAGAACUUGACGAGAUGAUCGCUGAGAUCGACGCCGACGGCUCCGGAACUGUUGAUUUCGACGGUACCACAACAAUACGAAACUUUAUUCAGCUUUAUUUUUCAGAGUUCAUGGAGAUGAUGUCCGGAGAGUAA